UGAAGGAGUCCUGUUCCUGGGAAGGAGCUCUUGGGGCUUUCGGAACGGCCCGAGGUCACGACCAGAUUCUAUUCUGUUGCCGGCCGGGCGGGCAGGAGGGGGCGGACAGCUGAAGGAGCAGCUUCUUUAAGACCGUCCUUGGGGCUCCGUCUGGGACGAGCUCUGGGCGCAUCGUGUGUCUCCAGUCCGGGCUCAGCCGGCGCCUGGGUUCGGGGCUUGGGUUGUGACAGGUGUCCGAGGUCGGAGUUUAGCCAGGGGCCGGUUUGAGACUCGGUACGUAUCAGGCUAUAUGGCUGGGCUCAAGGCUCAGGCAGUCCAACGUCAUGAAUAGUUUUUCAUGUGAGGAAUGUUUCAUAUCUGUGUACUCCAUUAUUUUAAAGUGAACUGUUUUCACUUCAAAGUUCCUGACGUGUGUGGGUCGCUGUCCUGUGAGGAGAGAAAAUAGUGUGGGAUACAAUCUGUCUCCUUAGGGAGUUUCCAGGCAGAUCAGAGGCCAGCGUGGGUGACAGGAUUGAAAUGGAAAUAGACUCGAGUUUGAGUCAGGCAGACCUGGGUUCAGAUCUCACCUCUGCCACUUAAGUAGCUGUGCGCCUUCACCACGCCGGCCUCUGAUCUGCCACUGACCAUCUGACAGGUGGCCUGGAAACUAACUCCCUAAGGAGACAGACUGUAUCUGCCACUAAGUAGCUGUGCAAGUUGUUUUCCCACCCAGAGCUUUAGCUUCUCUUGUAUUAAAAGGGCACAGGAGGGUCAUUGUGAAGGUGAGUUGCAGUCUUUUAGUGUGACACGUGUCAUGAAUUGGGUGCUGAAUAUUUUGUGCAUGAAAUGAGUGUGAUUUCUAGGAAUUAGGUCAUUUUGGACGUUAGAAAGGCCUUGGGGGAAGAGUUAAAGUGGUCUAGGUUUUGAAGCCUCAGUGGGAUUUACAGGUGGAGCUGACCUUGCAGGUUGGGUCAGUGUUUGUUGACCAGUCCUCCUAUGCCCAGCACUGUGCUGGACAAUUCAUGUCUGUUAUUUCACUGGAUCCUCAGCCAUUGACCCAAGUGCUUUCAGCCCCACUAUCCUUAGCUUCAGCCCCUCUAAAGAAGCUUUGGCUGGAAGUAAUGUAAAGAGGGUUGGUGUUUUGUUUUGUUUUUUAAUAUGGAGCUGGGGCAGCUGGAGAUUUUGGUGAUCUCUCCCCAACUUCUCCCACAUCAGCUUUUCCCUUUCUGUGAUCCAUAGUGCUACUUGGUUUCUUGACUUUGGGAGGCCUAUUUUGCUAGCAGAUUUUGAUGUUUAUAGGGCCUAGCAUGGGAGCACCUCUUAAACUCGGAUUGCAUGAAGCUGAACCUGGGCAGUGAGUUCUGUGAACAGGAGCUGUUGGAUUCUGGCACAAACUUAUGAAGAUCCUAUAGUAAUUUAGUAACUUGGUUCCUUUUACCUUUUCAUGGGUGCCCAUGUGAUCUUCCUGAGAAAUGUUCUCAACAUAUCUCUGCUCAGAAACCUUGGUUGGCCUUGUUGCCUACCUUAUGGAGUUUGGGCUCCUUGACCUCAUGGAAAGGCCCCUCUAUAAUCUGUUCCCAAAUCUCUCUCCUGCCCUGUUUCCCUUUGUUCUCUCAAACCUGCACCCUAUGGCCCAGGCAAAAUAAACUUUUUUUUUUCAAUUUCCUCAAGUACUCCCUUGCAUGUUCCUUUAUUCACUCUUCCUAGAGUCCCCACCUCCAUCUUUCAAGGCCUGUGUCUCCUGUAACCUGCCACUGAAGCUUCUCUGAUCCCCACUACUGUAUUAGUUGCCCCUUCCCAUCUUCUGUAGCAGAAGCUACACCUUGAAUAUAGCUCUGAUUACAGUAUGCCUUGGAAUAUGUCCCCCAAGAUGUGCUCUGAGUACAUUGGUGGAAAGGGACCAUGCCUAUUUCAUCCCUCCUCUGCCUGGCACAUAGUAGGCCUCUGCAGUGUGUGCAGUCAGAUGAGUCAGUGACAUUUUUAUAUACUCGCUUUGGUCUUUGUUUUAUGAGCUUUCAGGUUCAGAGUGGGCCUUUGUAUUCUUCCUUCUUUUUGUGCCUAAGGAGAGUCCUAGUUUAGAUUGAUGGUGCCCUAAUUAUAGGCAUCAAAGGUAAGAAAGUGCAGGAAUCCUGCACAAGGCAGAAUCUGUCAUUGCUACUAUUGUUUUCAGCCUCUUGCCUUGCCUCUGCUGUGAGUUCUGUUGGCAAGGAGGUGAUGUUCUGUUCAGGAACCUGCACUGAAUGUGUUAUAGUUCACACAGGGGAAGGUGCACAGGUGGUUUACCAAUCAAUUGUCCUGACCUUGCCUUGGCCCCUCUCCUCUGGGAACCAGCAGCUACAAUUUUUCCUUGCCAGCAGCUUCACCAUCUGGAACAGGAAGGCUCUUUGGUGAUUGUAGAGAAAUAUACCUCAUUGAAGGCACAGCGAGCUUGGACAACAUCUGGUUCUUCUUCGAUUUUACAGAUGAGAAGAGGCCCACAGAGGGGAAGGGACAAGACUGGACAAGACUUGAGUCAGUGGUAGAAAUAAUAUGAAAAGUGAAAGAUUCUCUGUUUUCUUCCAGUCUGCUACUUUAUAAGAAAAUAUUGAACAUUUAUUGAGUACUUCUUAUGUGGCAUAUACUGUUUUAAGUGCUUUAUAUGUGACAUGUCAAAACUAUGUAUUCUACAGACUUGGGAAUGGAGGCAGCUAGAAAUCAUUCAGAUCUACUUUUGGAUUCUACAUGUUUGCUUUAUGGGCUUCCCUGAAAAUCAAUUGGUAAAGAAUCUGCCUGCAAGGCAGGAGACCCUGGUUCAAUUCCUGGGUCGGGAAGAUCCGCUGGAGAAGGCAUAGGCUAUCCACUGCAGUAUUCUUGGGCUUCCCUUGUGGCUCAGCUGGUAAAGAAUCUGCCCAUAAUGUGGGAGACCUGGGUUCAAUCCCUGGGUUGAGAAGAUUGCCUGGAGAAGGGAAAGGCUACCCACUCCAGUAUUCUGGCCUGGAAUACUGUUUGCUUUUUAAUAUGGUUUCAAUGGCUGUCAUUCUAACCAGUAGGGUAGAAACAGUUCUUCAGGGUCACCUACCUCCAUGAGGGAGUGAUGUCCUCCCAGCCAUGUCUUCCUGUAUCCUGAAGAAAUACCUUUAGACGAGUCCAGAGUGUGUUGAAAGAGUGGGUGAUAGAAUGAAGCAAACUGCAUGAGUAUUGGUCGCUCUUAGUUUAGGAAUAUUAGUAUACUUUAAAAAUUGCGUGUUACAAGUCAGGCAGUGAGAGCAGAAUUUUAGAAACUCAGUCCAGGAGCUUUCCGUAAAGUUUCUCAGUCAGUGAUUCAGUUCAGUCCAGUUGCUCAGUCGUGUCUGACUCUUUGCGACCCCAUGGUCUGCAGCACGCCAGGCCUCCCUGUGCAUCAGCAACUCCCAGAGUUUAUUCAGACUUGUGUCCAUUGAGUCAGUGAUGCCAUCCAGCCAUCUCAUCCUCUGUCGUACCCUUCUCCUUCUGCCUUCAGUCUUUCCCAGCAUCAGGGUCUUCUCAGAUGAGUCAGUUCUUUGCAUCAGGUGGCCAAAGUAUUGGAGUUUCAGCUUCAGCAUCAGUCCUUCCAAUGAACACCCAGGACUGAGCUCCUUUACGAUGGACUGGUUGGAUCUCCUUGCAGUCCAAGGGACUCUCAAGAGUCUUCUCCAACACCACAGUUCAAAAGAAUCAAUUCUUCGGUGCUCAGCUUUAUAGUCCAACUCACACAUCCAUACAUGACUACUGGAAAAACCAUGGUGGCAAGAUUCAAUUCAAAAAACACACAUUGAGCUCUUUCUACAUACAGGACCCUGGUAUUGAGAAAUACACACAGAAGAGAGCAACACAUUUCCUGCCCUCCUAUAAGUAAUUGUCUUCUCAGAGCCUUCUCCCUCCAGUGUAGUUGGCAAGACAGAUAAGUACAUAAAUAACUGAAAUCAGGUUGACUCUAGUAAAUGUAGUAAAGAAUGUAAACAAAGUGGGAGAAAUCAAUCCCAACAUGACCAAAGGGGGUUCAGCAAGGAUUCCUGAAGGUUGGAAAAUUUAUGCUAGGCCUUGAAGGAGGUUCAUUCCAGUGAGAAGGAACAGCUUGGGCAGUAGUCUAGAGGUGGGGAUGAAGUAGAGGGAGAGGAGUGGAUUUGGUGAGGAAGGGAAAUAAACUGAAAUGAUGAAUUGUGGCCAUAAUGUAUAGAGGUGUGAAGAGAAGAACACUGACGUUUAUCUAGUCUCUACUCUGCUUUGUGGCUGAGUAUAUCAGAUGUAUUACACACUAUAAUUUAUUUAAUCCUCAGAAUCCUGUAACAUGGGGAUAUUUAACCCCAAUUUAAAGAUGAAGAAAUUGGACCUCAGAAAGACUAGAGUGAUUUUCCCAAAGUCAUGUAGCUCAUAAGUGACAGAGCUUGGUCCAAACCUAUUAGUGUUGGAUUCAGAGACCUGUGUUCUUUUCAUUAUACUGCAAGACUCCAAAUGCUGUGACUGGGGCUCUGUUUAUUCUGUCUUCCAAAAGGAGGUAAAGGAAGUUGGAGAAUGGGAACAUUAUGUUGCAGCACACGAGCUCUUUAGUUGUGGCAUGCAGGAUCUAGUUCCCUGACCAGGAGUGGAACCAGGACCUCGUGCAUUGGGAGCAUGGAGUCUUAGCCACUGAACCACCAGGAAAGUCCCAAUAGUAAUACUAUUGAUAAUUAUUAUUGAUAUCCAAUUAAGUAUUGGUUUUAUAGAAGGUAUAUUUUUAUGACCAUUUCCCUGCUGUCUUACUCUGAUAUCAUUGCCUUCUCUUUCUUUUCCAUUGUCCCAUCAAGAAAAUUUGAAACAUAGUCAUACCUCAUUUUAUUGCACUUCAAAAAUAUUGCAUUUCUUACAUAUUAAAGGUUUGUGGCAACUAUGUAUUGUCAUGAUGGUUAACAUUUUUUAGCAAUAAGUGUAUUUUAUUAUUUUUAAUUUUUAAUAAUAUUAAUUUGAUUUAAUGAUUAAUUCUAAUUAAGGUAUGUACAUUUUUUUAAGACAUAAUGCUAUUGCCUACUUAAUAGACUACCAUAUAGUAUAGAUAUAACUUUUACAUGCACCAAAAAACUGAAGAAUUUAUGUGACUUGAUUAUUUAGGUGAUCUGGAACCAAACAUGCAGUAUCUCUGAGGUAUGCCUGUACUAGAUUGUUCCAUCACAGGACUGCAAAAGAUGAUAUGACAAAAACUGCCAGUAGGAAAAGGGUCAAUUAAAACUCAGUGGCUCCAAAAAAAAAAAAAAGUCAGUGACUCAUUAGAGAAGUCUUACCUGACUUUUACCAGUCUUACCUGAUCUUCACAGCAAAUAGGAACAGAGCUGCAUAUUUAUUUCCUUUUGCACAGCCUUCAACAAAAAUGCCUACCAGGAAUCCCCUGGCGGUCCAGAGGACUCUGUGUUCUCACUGCUGAGGACGAGGGUUCAGUCCCUGGUCAGAUUACUAAAAUCGCACAAAUUGCGUAGCAUGGCCCAAAAAAAACAGUACUCAGCCAAACCCCUUCAAUUCACUUGCCAAAAAGUACAGUAAUAAUGUAUUUUGAAAAAUGCUCCCUGAUUUGGUUCUUCUUUCUCUCCAACUUAAGCCUCUCUAACCUGAACUUAAGCUGUUUCUUCUUUUUCCACUUUCCAUGAAUAUGGAAAAGUUCCCUCUGAUUAUAAGGGAGCAUGAGAUCAAGAUUUUCUCAUGAGAACCUUUUGUAGACCUAAAACCAGAAUCAAAUUGAGCCUCAUCUUCUCUUCUGGAGGUUAAACAGCCAUGUUUUCUUUUACUUCACUCUUAAAACAUAUUUUCCGUUGCUUGGAUCACAUUGGUCAUGAUUUUCUUUCUCUUAGGUCUUUCUCCUUCUUGACAGUGACCCAAACUGUGCUUAGUCUGCUAAUAGAAGUCCAACUAAAACAGUUUAAGAGCAAAAUAACUUCAGAUGUUUUCAUUCAUUCAUUAAAAUUUAUUGAAUGUUUGCCCCAUGUCAGGCACUGUGCUACGGGUAGGGGACCCAGAGGUGAAUCAGACACAGUCUCUGCCCUGUGGCUAGCUCACAGUCUAGGGGGAGAUGUGCAAUAAAAUGCUACAGGUACUGUGAUUGAGUUAUGCACAAGUGUAGGAAGCUGGAAAUUGUUCAGUGAAGUUAGGUAGAAACUGUCCAUUUUGCCUGGACUAUAGAUCAGGACUUCUGUAGAGGAGUGGUAAGAUAUAAUGCCGGAGGGGUGGGCUAGGGCAAGAUUGUGGAGGCCCUGAGUGACAGCAUGGGACCUUGGUCAUUCCAGAGGCAGUAGAUACCCAUUAGAAGUGUUGGAAUAGGGAAGUACCAGGCUCAAAUCUGGCUUUUCGGAUCAAGGACAGAGAUACCACAAGCUUAUCUGUCUUAUCUGCCCCCCUACUGAUGUUUUAUGGGAGGAAAUGUCUUAUUUGUGUACUUGUUUUUUUUUUCUCUAAAGCUUCUAUAGAAAGACUAGUUCUUGAACUCUGAAAAAAAUUCAUUCCUUGUACAGCAGAAAAUUCAUGAAUAAUUGAGAGAGAGCUGAGUGCUUGACCUGUAUAAGAUCCGAUGGCAGACCAGUCUGUGAGAUUUUACCCUUUCCCAGCUAUAUACCAGGAAGAGGUGCAGGAAUGAGGUGAGGGUUCCAGGGCUCUUCUGGGUAUUUCAUAUGGAAUGCUAAGAAGAUUCAGGUAGUGUGAGAGUCAAAAGUUCUUUCUGAGGAGGAAAAGAGGCCCACUAGAAUUUGGAAAGGUGUCAGAAGGAAUCAGGGCCAACCAGGCACUCAGAAUCCUGGGUCAUGUGUCUGAAAACCUCCAAAUUCUGUCUCUGCCUUUCUACUCUGCUCUCCGUUUGUUCUCUUCUGCUGCCCAGUUGUGGUUUACAGAGUGGCUGGGUUGCUUUCCAUAGUCACAGCUGAUCUGAGGAAGCCGUAUCCCAAGCUAGAGUAAUAAUUAUGAUUAUUGAGGGCAUACUAUAAACCAGGCAUUGUGCCAUGAACUUGAUUCAGAUUAGCUCAUUCUCACAAAAUCCCUGUCACGUAGAUGUUAUUGCUCCCUUUUGAUAGAUGAUGACAGUGAAACACAGAGAGGUUAAAUAUUAUGUCCAGGGUUACCUCAUUAUUACACGAUAAGGCUAGAUUCUGAAUCUAGGCCCUAAUGACUCAAAAGCCCACUCACUUUCUCUCCCCCCAGCCCUGGAGUGGCUCCAAACAGAAUAAAAUAAAAGUCCAUAAAGAAAUUGUGAAGACUGUUUUUACUGUAGGUCUACUAGAGGUAGAAAUGAACAGAAAUGUGUGUGUGUGUUUGUGUGUAGAAAGAUGGAGUUGGUGAGGAAAGGAAAGCUGAAUUGGCAAACUAUGGCCUACAGUCCUUAUCUGGCUCACCACUUGUUUUUGUCUAGACUGCAAGCCAUUUACAUUUUUAAAUGGCUAGAAAAAAAUUCAAGAGAAAAUUAAUAUUUUGUGACACAAAAAAUCAUACAAAAUUAAAACUUCAGCAUCUAUAAAUAAACUGAAAUAUAGCCACACUCAUUCAUUUUCAUAUCAUCUCUGGCUGCUUUUGCUCUGCAAAGGCAAAAUUGAGUAGUUUUUGUGACGAGGCCAUGUGACACACUGAGUAUAAAAUAUUGACUCUGGCCCUUUACAGAGAAAAAUUGCCAACCCCUACUAUAGGCAACAAGAAGGGACCAAGAUAUUCAAACCUAUGGCAAGACUGAAAGCAAAGAGUUAAAAGUCAAGAGUGUUCAAGGUUGUCCCUGGAAGCAUUGUGGCCACAGGGAGAGGGAACAUAACCUGAGCUUUCGUAGACCUUGGAAAUAGUGGACCACAGAGAUUUGUUUGGGAAUAAAAUGCACAAUAGGAAGGAUUAUUCUAUGUGUUAAUGUUCUCUUCUGAACAAUAAAGAAAUAUUUUAUGGAUGAAAUAAUUCAUUCAGAUAUUAACUGGAGCCCUUUUUUUGUGCCAGAUACUACGUUAGAUGCUGAAAAUACAAAGAUGAAAAAGAUACGUCCUUGCCUUUGAGGAGCUUAAGGCCUCAUGGGAGAGCCACGUGUGCAUGAAGGGAGCUGACUCUUAAAUUUUCAUUCCAGAUAUGAUGAAGCAGAGGCCAAUGGAGAACUGAAUAAUGUCUGUUGUGCACAGAGGCCAUUGAAACCUUUCCUGUAGCUGGAAAACAGCAGCCCCCUGACAGAAGCAUUACUGUGUUUGAAGUUUCAAGUUUACAGAGGAUUCUCUUCACAGAGUUGGGCAGACCUAUAGUUUCAAAAACAACUCUCCUUCAACAAGUUCUGUUUCCAAGGAAAGUCUUAACCAUCUGUCCCUUCUGGCAUACCCUCUUCCAUUGGAAUCCAUGCAGAAUAGACCAGAGAUGGGUAGCAGUGAACCAGUUCCCAUUGCAGAGAGUGACAAGAGGAAGAAGAAGAAGCGGAAGGCCCGGGCCACUGAUUCCUUGCCGGGAAAGUUUGAAGAUGUAUACAAGCUGACCUCUGAACUGCUGGGAGAGGGAGCCAAUGCCAAAGUUCAAGUUGCCGUGAGCCUGCAGAAUGGCAACGAGUAUGCUGUCAAAAUCAUCGAAAAACAUGCAGGACACAGUCGGAGUAGGGUAUUUCGGGAGGUGGAGACGCUCUAUCAGUGUCAAGGAAACAAGCACAUUUUGGAGCUGAUUGAGUUCUUUGAAGACGACACAAGGUUUUACUUGGUCUUUGAGAAAUUGCAAGGAGGCUCCAUCUUGGCCCACAUCCAGAAGCAGAAGCACUUCAAUGAGCGAGAAGCCAGCCGAGUGGUGCAGGAUGUCGCUGCCGCCCUUGACUUCCUGCACACCAAGGGCAUUGCUCAUCGAGAUCUGAAGCCAGAAAAUAUACUGUGUGAAUCUCCAGAAAAGGUGUCUCCGGUGAAGAUCUGUGACUUUGACUUGGGCAGUGGGGUGAAAUUGAACAACUCCUGCACCCCCAUAACCACACCAGAGCUGACUACUCCCUGCGGCUCUGCAGAAUACAUGGCCCCCGAGGUGGUGGAGGUCUUCACGGACGAGGCCACUUUUUACGACAAGCGCUGUGACCUGUGGAGCCUGGGCGUGGUCCUCUACAUCAUGCUGAGUGGCUACCCGCCCUUUGUGGGUCACUGUGGGGCCGAUUGUGGCUGGGACCGGGGAGAGGUCUGCACAGUGUGCCAGAACAAGUUGUUUGAGAGCAUCCAGAAAGGCAAGUAUGAGUUUCCUGACAAGGACUGGGCUCACAUCUCCAGCGAGGCCAAAGACCUCAUCUCCAAGCUCCUGGUCCGAGAUGCAAAGCAGAGACUGAGCGCUGCCCAAGUUCUGCAGCACCCAUGGGUGCAGGGGCAAGCUCCAGAAAGGGGACUCCCCACGCCGCAAGUCCUCCAGAGGAAUAGCAGCACAAUGGACCUGACGCUCUUCGCAGCCGAGGCAAUCGCCCUUAACCGCCAGCUGUCUCAGCACGAGGAGAACGAGCAGAACAAGCUGGCCGAGGAGUCUGAGGCGCUGGCUGAGGGCCUCUGCUCUGUGAAGCUCUCCCCUCCCUCCAAGUCCCGCCUGGCCCGACGGAGGGCGCUGGCCCAGGCAGGUCGCAGUGGAGAUGCACCGCCCAGCCCAACACCCACAACGCCAGCGCCCUGACCCACUCUGGGCCCCAGGCCUGUCCAAGCCCUGCCACCCUGGAAACCUGUGAGGGGCCUGCUCUGCAGCUCCUUCCAGGCCUUUUCCUCCAAGAAGGCUCUCAUCCUCCUGUCCCCAGAGUCCUCAAGGAAAAAGCUUUUUCCAAAGGGCGGGGGAGGGUCAUCUUUGAAAAGGAAAGCAAUCACUUGUCACUUUGCAUAAUGGCCUGCGGCAGGGACGUCUCUUUACUGGGCUCCUGCCCACCUGCUCACCCGCCUGCCCGUGGAUGGAGGAUCCAGCCCACUCUCACCACCAGGCAGCUGUAGGGCUGGGGCUGCGGCCUUCAGGGAACCAGCCUUGAGAAGCGUCCAUUGACAGAGGCUCUUCCCUCUCCUCACACUGUCACCUGCCUCUGGCGGUCCUUCCACCUUCCUGUGUCCUCCGGACGUCCUCCCCCAUGGCUAAGCGGAGCCAUCCCCUCAAUUCAGGAAGCCAGAUCAGUCUUCCAGUCGAUAGCGCAGAGAAGCACAUAAUCUUUCUUUGCCGUGACCGAAAUGUGUCCCUCAUUUAUCAUCCUCUUCCUUGUUUGGGAUUGCUGCUAAAGUCAGUAUUAUUUUGUUUUUAAAGAUGCGGGGGGGGGGGGGGGGGUUGUUUUUUUUUUUUAACCACACUCUUCCAGCAGAGAUGAGACUUUUAACUCCCCCUAUGAGCCCAUGGACUCUCCAGAGCUCUUAGGGCUCCCACUUCUCCUGAAUGUCCAUGCAUUUGGAAGAUGUUAAUCAGCUAUUUCUGUUACUCUUAACUGGUUUUAAGCUGUUCAGAUGAUGAGUGACUUAGAGACCAGUGUGUCUUGCUGCUUCCUCCCUCGGGCCUGUUUCGGAGGGCAGUGCAGGUCUGGGGCAGUGAGGAGCUCUGUGCCUGAUGUGAUGCGAGUCUGGAGGCUGCCCAGCCACUCUGGUUGGAGCCAUGUGGUCUCCGCUGCUGGUGAGCACAGAGGCAUAUCCCGCAUCAGAUAGCUGAGCUGCUUAGUUACCCAAGAAAAUCGAUUUGCAUAUGUCAGAUGUUUAUAGGGUGCAAGGACAAAUUGCACUUAUUUUAAUAAAACUGUCUUCAAUUC